CCCAUCAUCUCUCCAUUUAACAAAACACAACUCUUCUUCUUAGACAAGAGCGCAAGCUCAAAAGCGCUCUUGUUCUUUCUUCAUCUUCUUUGUGUUCAUAGUAAUUAAGAACCCUUAUUCUAACAACUCACACAAAAUGCCUAAACUAGCAAUUCUCUUUACAACAUGUCUCCUCUUAAGCCUCGCCGACGCAAAAAUACCCGGCGUUUACUCCGGCGGCGCGUGGCAAACCGCACACGCCACUUUCUACGGUGGCAGCGAUGCCUCCGGCACUAUGGGAGGAGCUUGUGGUUACGGGAACCUAUACAGCCAAGGUUAUGGAACUAACACGGCUGCUUUGAGUACGGCGCUGUUUAACAACGGUAUGAGUUGUGGAGCCUGCUUUGAACUAAAAUGCGCCAACGACCCACAAUGGUGCCAUUCAGGUAGCCCAUCGAUCCUCAUUACCGCAACCAACUUCUGUCCACCAAACUUUGCUCAGGCCAGUGACAACGGAGGAUGGUGCAACCCCCCUCGCGCUCACUUCGAUCUUGCCAUGCCUGUCUUCCUCAAAAUUGCUCAGUAUCGUGCAGGCAUUGUCCCCGUCUCAUACCGCAGGGUGCCUUGUAGAAAGAGAGGAGGAAUAAGAUUCACUAUAAACGGUCACCGUUACUUCAACUUGGUUCUGAUCACUAACGUGGCGGGAGCAGGAGACAUAGUGAGGACGAGCGUGAAAGGUUCACGGACUAAUUGGAUGAGUUUGAGCAGGAACUGGGGUCAGAACUGGCAAUCCAACGCUGUUCUGGUUGGUCAGUCACUUUCUUUCCGAGUCACAGGCAGUGACCGUAGAACCUCUACUUCAUGGAACAUUGUUCCUUCUAACUGGCAGUUUGGUCAAACGUUUGUCGGGAAGAAUUUCAGGGUCUAA